UUCAUAAACAGCUGAUCUGGCAGAGGCGAGGGAGGAGCAGCGAGAGAGGAGCCCGACCUUCGUGUAUUUCUUCGUCUCCUUUUGCCUUUUUAGCUCUUGUAGUUUCGCCCAAGUUUGAUCUUCGAAUUGAUGUGACCGAGCUAUGAGACUUAAGGACGGAGACAUGGAUGAGCAUUUGCGUCAACCAUAUGAGGGGCAGCUAAUCAAGUUUACAAAUGUCGUAAAAGGAUGGCAAGCUCGCUGGUUUAUUCUGAAUCCUGAGAUUGGCACUUUAGAGUAUUAUCUGAGUGAGAGUGAUAAGCAUGAACGUGCGAGAGGAAGCAUCCAGUUGGCAGGCGCUGUCAUCUCUCCCAGUGAUGAGGACUCUUACACAUUCACCGUAUCCCCAGCUGCAGGGGAAUCCUACAAACUCAGAGCUACUGAUACGAAAGACCGUCAAAUGUGGCUCAAUAGGCUGAGAGUAGUUGCUGAAAUGCACACCCGUGCUAUUGCCCAUAAUCACCCCCCAUUGGCACCUCGUGAGCAUCGAACACCAGGCAGUGGAAGUACUGGUAGUGGACAGAACAUGGCUGCAACACCUUAUAUGGGUCUUGCAGUGCUUGAUGCUUUCACACAGGUAGCUGAAGUAUUGGAAGAAGCACGAAGACAACAUUCUGCUCUUGCCACUGCAAUUGAAGACAUGCCAUCUUAUGGUACUGGGAUGAGAUGCACAGAACCAAAUCUCCUUCUCUUGAAAGCCACAAGUCAAGCAACACUUCUGUGCUUAGACCAGUGUUUGAGUGUGUUGAGGGCGCAGCAUAUGUCUGCCAUUCAUCACCAGCCAUCACCUUCAGUUACCAGCACAAAGAUUGCAUCAAUAUCACAUAUUAUUUUUUCUGGCACACUUCCACAAAUAAUUUUUCAGGCAUUGCACAACAUAUAUCCUCCGUGUGCCCAGGACAUUGUGUGGAUGUGUGGUUUAUAG